CCAGAACAACAACGCUGCCCAGAACAACAACGCUGCCCAGAACAACAAUGCUGCCCAGAACAACAAUGCUGCCCAGAACAACAAUGCUGCCCAGAACAACAACGCUGCUCAAAACAACGCGGCUUGCAAUGGAGCCCAAGCUGGAGCCGCUGCUGGUGCUGGUGCUGGAGCUGCGAACGGUGCCCAGAACGGUGCUCAAGGCCGGGGUCAGGGCCAGCAGGCUCAGGGCCAGCAGGCUCAGGCUCAGGACCGGAAGACCCGCAGGGCUUAGAAGAGUAA